AUGGCUACUACAUCUUCUGGCUCAUACUCUCGUUUGCUUCUCCUCUUCAUAUUCGAUCGAGAAAGCGGUUUCUACAUGCUUCAAAUCUUUGUGCCAGCUGCGCUUGUCGUCGUUAUUUCAUGGGUAUCAUUCUGGAUUUCACGUGAUUCCGCACCUUCACGAACUAUCAUCGGUACAAUGACGGUGCUGACGGAAACUCAUUUGAUGACUGGCACAAAUCGACGUCUGCCGCCAGUUGCCUAUGUGAAAGCUGUCGACGUGUACCUGGGUUUUUGCUACCUGCUGGUUGUCCUCGCUCUAAUAGAGUACGCUUGUGUGGCAUAUUCAAAGAAAAAGAAUGAGGACAGAAGACGACGUGAAAAGAAGAGCGAGCAUAAGCCAACACCACCAACGCCAGAUUUACUACACGAUGCCCGUCUUGCUGAGUGCACGUGUAAUGCUGCACCCACCUCAAUCAUCGCCGUAAUCAAGCAGCCGAAUCGUUUCUGCGUUCGACAUUCUCACAUCGACAUUGUCAGUCGGGUCGUGUUUCCAGUCACGUUUCUCAUCUUCAACGUGUUCUUCUGGGUGAUACUUUUGGCCAAAGCAAAACGCCUGCCGUAUUUUAGCUCUGUAUCUGCAGAUCGUUGUUGA